AUGGUGCCGCUCUUUGUCCGCCUGUCCACGGAGAAAACUUCGCUUAUCUCCAAGCUUCUCCGAAUCGACGCGGUAGGCAGCCUUCUCUUCAUCGGCGGCAUGACCAGCUUUCUCAUCGGCAUCUCUUGGGCCGGCGUUCAGUUCGCCUGGUCCUCCGCAGCGACAAUUGCACCCAUCGUUGUCGGUGUCGUUGCCGUAAUUGCUUCUCUGUUCUGGGAGAGAUAUGGCGCGGUAGAGCCCUUCUUGCGCCCUUCUCUCUUCUACUCCUGGUCCGCGGUGGCUGGCUACCUUUGCGCCUUUUGUCAGGGCUUCCUCCUCUUCUGCGGCCUGUACUACAUUCCAUUCUACUUCACCUCUAUCCGCUCUGUAACGCCCACCCAGUCAGGCAUCGACCUCCUACCAGUGACUUGCCUUCUCCUUCCCGGUUCGAUUGUCGUCUCUGUGUUGACUUCUCGUCUCGGCCGUUUCCGCUGGGCCGUCUGGUCCGGUUGGGCCAUCACUUCGGUAGGCUGCGGCUUGCUUUUGUUGAUGGAUGAGAACACAACGACCGCGCUGUGGGCUACUUACUUGGCUGUCUUCGGCAUCGGAAAUGGUAUGGUGCUGACGAGCGUCAAUGUCGCCACUCAGGCCAUCAGCCGCGUCGAAGACUGCGGUCGCGCCGCGUGCAUGUAUGCCUUCAUGCGCACGCUUGGCAUGAGCGUCGGCGUUGCUGUCGGAGGUACUACUUUUCAGAAUGUCAUGGCAAAUCGCCUUCGGGAGCUUAGUUUGCCGGAGAAGAUCGCCUACAAUGCUGAGGCGUUCGCACUCGAGUUGGCCGCCAUGGCCUCUGAGGAUCCGUUACGGGUCGGGGCGAUGUCGGCUUACCUGAGGGGCUUUCGUGGGGUGUUCUGGGUUAUGACAGCGACUGCUGUUUUUGGCUUUCUGACCAGCUUGGUGAUUCGCAAGCACAGCAUGGAUAAGACGCUUCAGUCCAGAUUUUCACUCCAUGGGGCGAUCAACAGAAAGUCAAAUGUUCCGUCUGUGAAAAGUGACGCGACCGCGCAAGUUUGA